CAACAUCGCUCGCGGCGGCGAGGACAGCGAGGACGGUCACGAACAACCACCAUGGCCCCGCCGCUGGCCCCGCCGCCGCAGAGACCGCCGCCGACGAGGAAGCGCACGCGAAAGCGCAAACGACGCGCAGCCUCAAGCUCGUCGUCGUCUGGCGCAGACUCGGACUCGGACUCUUCAGACAUCGCGGCCGCUCGUGCGCCUGUCCCCGCUGCUGCGUCUUCGUCGUCGGACACGGACUCGUCGUCGUCCUCGGAGGACGAGUCUCUGCCUCCUCGGCGCACCCAGCAGCGCACCCAGCAAAGUCCCCCGCCUCCGCCUGCAUCUCGCCGAUCGCCCACGCCAGAGCCUCAUCCCGUAGCUCCCUUCCCGGGGAACGCACAAGACGAGCAAAUACUCAGGCAACGCUUCAGAAAGUUCUGGAUGGCCUCCGUCGCAGAUGCCUUCAGCGAGGAUCUGGGGGAGAUUCGCAAGGAAGCCAACUUGUCCACUCCUCGACUCGCGCUUCUAAUCGACUCAUUGGCUGCGGGUGCCGACGUGUUCGCCCCUUCUCAUGGCGCGGGCGACGCGAGCAUCAAUGAGAUGGAUGUCGCGAUGAGCGAGCAGUCGACUUGAAAGCCACACAAUAGAACAUCGCAGUCGUUUGAUGGCCACUCCCGUAGGCCAGCGCAAAGCACUCGCUUUCCGUGGCGUCCCCUGAGGAGCCGCUCUACGAGGCUUCCGCAUGCGAGGGAACGUCGGUGUAGGUUGCGACAGGCUUCAAUUGCAGUGUCGGAUUCGUUGGUCAGUAUGUACCAUCCGUCGAGGCAAAUGUAGUUAUCGCUGCGGACUUUGGUGCAGUUGGUCAGUGGAUGUACGUCUCGAUCGAGGGUUGUCAUAUGGAUGUAACGCCUCGCCAUUGCCGAAGCAGACAGUUCAGGCAGGAC